AUCCUCUCCAUCGAGCGCGUGCAGAACAUCUCGCUCUGGCAGUCCUACUGCGUCAAGAAGUCGGCGACGAUCGCGCGCGAGGCCGACCCCGCCGCGGCGACGCGCAAGUACGUCCGCUGCUGGCUCUUCCACGGCGCGCCGGGCGACGUCGUCCCCAAGAUCCUCCAGCAGGGCUUCAACCGCUCCUUCUGCGGCAAGAACGCGACCUUCUUCGGCAAGGGCGUCUACUUCGCGCGCGACGCGUCCUACUCCGCGUACCCGCUCUACUGCCAGCCCGACAAGCACGGCGUCCAGUCCAUCUUCCUCUGCCGCGUCGUCGUCGGCCAGUACUGCCAGGGCGUCCGCGACGGCCUCACGCCCGACGUCCGCGACCACGCGCGGAACCUCCUCUUCGACUCGACGGUCAACGACGUCGCCAACCCGGAGAUCUUCGUCACCUACCACGACGCGCAGGCGUACCCGGAGUACCUCAUCAAGUUCAAGCAACGCGGCGCCGUCGGCGGCCAUCCGCAGACCGGCAAUCGCCAGCACCCGCGCUACAAGAGCAACUGGGUCGCCGAGCUCGAGGAGGCCGGCAAGGCCUAG